AUGAUACUUUCAACGCCCAAUGUCUCCACAGCCGAUAUUAAGCGCGAUGGUGCUUCCCUGGAAAAGGUGUCAGAUGAUAUUGACACUGUCAAUGUCCUGAAGUUAGAACUCCAAGAGACCACUGCGUACGACGAGCCUAAAUUCGGAGCAGACAAAGACAAGUCCAAGUUCCGACAAUACGAGACGGCAUGCGACAGGGUGAAAAGGUUUUAUCGAGAGCAACAUGAAAAGCAAACGGUUGCUUACAAUCUGAAAGUUCGGAAUGAACUCCGAUUCAAAGUACGGGCAGAAAUGACAGUCUGGGAAGCAAUUGAGAAACUCGACACGCUAAUCGACGAGUCCGACCCGGAUACAUCCCUCUCUCAAAUUGGACAUCUUCUCCAAUCAGCUGAAGCCAUCAGACGUGACGGAAAACCACGAUGGAUGCAACUAACGGGUUUGGUUCAUGAUUUGGGGAAGCUACUUUUUUUCUUUGAUGCGCAAGGUCAAUGGGAUGUGGUUGGAGAUACAUUCCCUGUUGGAUGCGCCUUUGACGAGCGAAUCAUCUUCCCGGGCACGUUUGCCAACAAUCCCGAUUUUGGAAACGAAAUUUAUGGCACGAAAUUCGGCAUUUAUUACCCUAACUGUGGCCUUGACAAUAUCAUGCUCUCGUGGGGGCAUGAUGAGUACCUGUAUAACAUCGUGAAAUCUCAAUCAACUCUUCCUCGGGAGGCGUUGGCUAUGAUUCGCUAUCAUUCUUUUUACCCCUGGCAUUCUGCAGGUGCAUAUCGACACCUGAUGAACGAAGAUGACCACCGUAUGCUUGAGGCAGUCAAGGCUUUCAAUCCGUACGAUCUUUAUAGCAAAACGGAUGAGGUUCCCAAUAUUGAAGAGCUUAAGGAUUUCGGUGCAUAA